AUGCCUUUGAUCGUCCCUGCUCUGCGUAUGGCCUACGUCUUCAUAAAUGUAUUCGACACAUUCAAGACUCUAAGGCUGCCACCUCCUUCAAGCAAGAAUAACGGCCAGCCAAGCGCACGCGCGAUGAGCCAAAGAAAACGCGCGAUGAAAGGUUGUAUGUCUGUCUGGAUCGUAUGGGGCUGCUUCGCCGUGUACGAACGAACAGUCGAUUCCAUGGUCAGACUCUUUGUUCCCUUCUACGAUGAGGUGAAAUCCCUAGUCAUCCUGUUCUUCCUCUUCACGAGGGCUCGUGGGGCAGAGCCCAUUUUUCUUCACGUGGUGCGGCCAUUCAUCAAGCCUUAUGCUGCCACCCUCGACGCGUCACUGGAGUUCGCGUCUACCUUUGGCGACCUCUUCAUCCUCUUCACUAUGAUCCCCGUCCAUUUCGUCCUAAAUCACUAUAGACGAUGGACUUCCUCGGGCGCAAACUGA